AAGUGUCUGCGUUGCCGUUGGGUGUGUCUCUCCCUCCUAUACUUGUCUCAGAACCUCCGCCGAAUAUAACGGCGAUUUCUACAAGCCUUCACACUUUCAGCACCCUUCCUUCUUAUUCAUUUCUCUAUUCUUCACACAACCCCCCCCCCCCCCUCCUCCUCCUUUUCCUUCUUCUCUUUUCCCCAACACAUACACACACAAAAGAAAAACAAAAAAGUUCUCUCUCUCUCUCUCUCUCUCUGCAGCACAAUGUCUCAGGUAGUAGCCACUCGAUCCAUUAACAUCACCUUCUCACGCCCCAGUUCCGGAUCUGCACCUCACAGGCCGCAAACUUUCUUAAAGCCUCCAACUUUUGCUUCCAAAGUGUUCCAGCCACAAGGGAACAAUGACGAGUCCUUCAAAGCUUCCUUCACAACCUGCCACGUCAUCGACGCUAGGAAACCUACACCUACGGAAGUUGUGCCCGUCUCACCCGAGGAUGACCAAAAGAUUGAGGAAGAGUUGCAGCACUUGCGUGGCUUACAACAGCUUGGUGACACUGCUGUCGGAAUGUGGUCAAAGCCUACGUUUAGGAGAAAGACUAAGAUUGUUUGCACCAUUGGGCCUUCUACGGAUACAAGGGAAAUGAUUUGGAAGCUGGCUGAGGCUGGGAUGAAUGUUGCGCGUUUGAAUAUGUCUCAUGGUGACCAUGCUUCUCAUCAGAAAGUUAUCGAUUUGGUAAAGGACUAUAAUGCACAAUCCAAGGAUAAUGUAAUUGCAAUAAUGCUCGACACCAAGGGUCCUGAGGUUAGGAGUGGGGACCUGCCACAACCAAUUACAUUAGAACCUGGACAAGAGUUCACUUUCACUAUCCGGAGGGGUGUCGGAACCACAGAUUGUGUUAGCGUUAACUAUGAUGAUUUUGUUAAUGAUGUAGCAGUUGGGGACAUGCUUCUUGUUGAUGGUGGUAUGAUGUCAUUGAUGGUAAAGUCUAAGACCGAGGAUUCUGUAAAAUGUGAAGUAGUUGAUGGAGGAGAGCUUAAAUCGAGGAGACAUUUGAAUGUUAGAGGAAAAAGCGCAACAUUGCCUUCAAUCACUGAGAAGGACUGGGAUGACAUUAAAUUUGGAGUGGACAACCAAGUUGACUUCUAUGCCGUUUCCUUUGUUAAGGAUGCACAAGUAGUUCAUGAACUGAAGAACUAUCUGAAAAGCUGUGGUGCCGAUAUACAUGUCAUUGUAAAAAUUGAAAGUGCAGACUCCGUUCCGAACCUGCAUUCAAUAAUUACAGCAUCUGAUGGGGCUAUGGUUGCAAGAGGAGAUCUUGGGGCUGAGCUACCUAUUGAGGAAGUUCCACUUUUGCAGGAGGAGAUAAUCAGAAUAUGCCGUAGCAUGGGAAAGGCUGUGAUUGUUGCAACAAAUAUGCUGGAAAGCAUGAUUGUUCACCCAACCCCAACCAGAGCAGAGGUAUCAGAUAUUGCAAUUGCUGUUCGAGAAGGUUCUGAUGGAAUAAUGCUUUCUGGUGAAACUGCUCAUGGAAAGUUCCCACUAAAAGCUGUGAAAGUAAUGCACACAGUAGCAUUACGGACAGAAGCCACUAUACCAGGUAGUCAGAUGCCACCUAAUAUUGGUCAAGUAUUCAAGAACCACAUGAGCGAGAUGUUUGCAUACCAUGCAACCAUGAUGUCCAACACCCUUGGAACCUCAACUGUUGUCUUUACUAGAUCAGGCUUCAUGGCUAUUCUUCUAAGCCACUAUCGACCAACUGGCACCAUAUUUGCUUUUACAGACCAGAAGCGGAUACAGCAGCGGCUGGCUUUGUAUCAAGGAGUUUGUCCUAUAUACAUGGAAUUCUCUGAUGAUGCUGAAGAGACAUUCAAAAGAGCCUUGGAUUUGUUGCAGAGGCAAGGAAUGGUGAAGGAAGGAGAAGAAGUAGCACUUGUACAAAGUGGAAGACAGCCCAUAUGGAGGUUCCAAUCCACUCACAACAUCCAGGUCAGAACAGUGUAAAAAAAAAAACACAGAAAGGUGGAGAUAGACUAGCAAGAAAAUAACCUUUAAGCUUUCGAGGAGA